GAUGUCGGGAGCGAGCUCGGACCGAGGGCUGAGUUGCGUCAGUGCCGCGCGCGUGCUUGUCCCCGGGCGCGUGCGCGCGCUUCCCGGCCGGCCUUGGGGCCCCGGCAGGGUUGGAAAAUGAUGGAAGAGGCGGAGGCGGAGGCUACCGAGUGCUGAGAGGAACCUGCGGAAUCGGCCGAGAUGGGGUCUGGCGCCCGCUCACCCUCUGGGGCCCUCCGCGUCCAGUGGUUGCUGUUGCUUGGCCUGGUGGGCCCAGUCCUCGGUGGGGCGCAGCCAGGCUUUCAACAAACCUCACAUCUUUCUUCUUAUGAAAUUAUAACUCCUUGGAGGUUAACUAGAGAAAGAAGAGAAGCCCCUAGGCCCAAUUCAAAACAAGUAUCUUAUGUUAUUCAGGCUGAAGGAAAAGAGCAUGUUAUUCACUUGGAAAGGAACAAAGACCUUUUGCCUGAAGAUUUUGUAGUUUAUACCUAUAAUAAGGAAGGGACUCUAAUCACUGACCAUCCCAAUAUUCAGAAUCACUGUCAUUAUCGGGGCUAUGUGGAGGGAGUUUAUAAUUCGUCCGUUGCUCUUAGCGACUGUUUUGGACUCAGAGGAUUGCUGCAUUUAGAGAAUGCGAGUUAUGGGAUUGAACCCCUGCAGAACAGCUCUCAUUUUGAGCACAUCAUUUACCGAAUGGAUGAUGUCCACCAAGAGCCUCUGAAAUGUGGAGUUUCCAACAAGGAUAUAGAGAAAGAAACCACAAAGGAUGAAGAGGAAGAGUUUCCCAGCAUGACUCAGCUACUUCGAAGAAGAAGAGCUGUCUUGCCACAGACCCGGUAUGUGGAGCUGUUCAUUGUCGUAGACAAGGAAAGGUAUGACAUGAUGGGAAGAAAUCAGACUGCUGUGAGAGAAGAGAUGAUUCGCCUGGCAAACUACUUGGAUAGUAUGUAUAUUAUGUUAAAUAUUCGAAUUGUGCUAGUUGGAUUGGAGAUUUGGACCAGUGGAAACCUGAUCAGCAUAGUUGGAGGUGCUGGUGAUGUGCUGGGGAACUUCGUGCAGUGGCGGGAAAAGUUUCUUAUCACACGUCGGAGACAUGACAGUGCACAGCUAGUUCUAAAGAAAGGUUUUGGUGGAACUGCAGGAAUGGCAUUUGUGGGAACAGUGUGUUCAAGGAGCCAUGCAGGCGGGAUUAAUGUGUUUGGGCAAAUCACUGUGGAGACAUUUGCAUCUAUUGUUGCUCAUGAGUUGGGUCAUAAUCUUGGAAUGAAUCAUGAUGAUGGGAGAGAUUGUUCCUGUGCAGUAAAGAGCUGCAUCAUGAAUUCAGGAACAUCAGGUUCCAGAAACUUUAGCAGUUGCAGUGCAGAGGACUUUGAGAAGUUAACUUUAAAUAAAGGAGGAAACUGCCUUCUUAAUAUUCCAAAGCCUGAUGAAGCCUAUAGUGCUCCCUUCUGUGGUAACAAGUUGGUGGACGCUGGGGAAGAGUGUGACUGUGGUACUCCAAAGGAAUGUGAAUCGGACCCUUGCUGUGAAGGAAAUACUUGUAAACUUAAAUCAUUUGCUGAGUGUGCAUAUGGUGACUGUUGUAAAGACUGUCGGUUCCUUCCAGGAGGUACUUUAUGCCGAGGAAAAACCAGUGAGUGUGACGUUCCAGAGUAUUGCAAUGGUUCUUCUCAGUUCUGUCAGCCAGAUGUUUUUAUUCAGAAUGGAUAUCCUUGCCAGAAUAACAAAGCCUAUUGCUACAACGGCAUGUGCCAGUAUUAUGAUGCUCAGUGUCAAGUCAUCUUUGGCUCAAAAGCCAAGGCUGCCCCCAAAGAUUGUUUCAUUGAAGUGAAUUCUAAAGGUGACAGAUUUGGCAAUUGUGGUUUCUCUGGCAAUGAAUACAAGAAGUGUGCCACUGGGAAUGCUUUGUGUGGAAAGCUUCAGUGUGAGAAUGUACAAGAAAUGCCUGUGUUUGGAAUUGUGCCUGCUAUUAUUCAAACGCCUAGUCGAGGCACCACAUGUUGGGGUGUGGAUUUCCAGCUAGGAUCAGAUGUUCCAGAUCCUGGGAUGGUUAAUGAAGGCACAAAAUGUGGUGCUGGAAAGAUCUGUAGAAACUUCCAGUGUGUAGAUGCUUCUGUUCUGAAUUAUGACUGUGAUGUCCAGAAAAAGUGUCAUGGACGUGGGGUAUGUAAUAGCAAUAAGAAUUGUCACUGUGAAAAUGGCUGGGCUCCCCCAAAUUGUGAGACUAAAGGAUACGGAGGAAGUAUGGACAGUGGACCUACAUACAAUGAAAUGAAUACUGCCUUGAGGGACGGACUUCUGGUGUUCUUCUUCCUAAUUGUUCCCCUUAUUGUCUGUGCUAUUUUUAUCUUCGUCAAGAGAGAUCAACUGUGCAGAAGCUUUUUCAGAAAGAAGAGAUCACAAACAUAUGAGUCAGGUGGCAAAAAUCAAGCAAACCCUUCUAGACAGCCAGUGAGUGUCCCUCGACAUGUUUCUCCAGUGACACCUCCCAGAGAAGUUCCUAUGUAUGCCCUUGCAUGUCUUGUAAUGAAUAGGGCAUUAAUUCAUCCAGUCUAAACAUGUUAUUAACUUUUUUUCCCUCACAGGCCACCUCCACCACAACCGAAAGUAUCAUCUCAGGGAAACUUAAUUCCUGCCCGUCCUGCUCCUGCACCUCCUUUAUAUAGUUCCCUCACUUGAUUUUUUAAUCUUCUUUUUGCAAAUGUCUUCAGGGAACUGAGCUAAUACUUUUUUUUUCUUGUUUUCUUGAAAAGCCUUUCUUCCUGUUACAACUAUGAAUGAAAACAAAAUAUCACAAAACAGACUUUACUAACACAGAUAAACAGAAACUGAGUGUGAGAAUUGAGAAAUACAAGGAAAUGCAGUAAAACCAGGGAAUUUACAGUAACAUUUCCUUUUCCAUCAUUAAAUAAUUAUUCAGUCAUCAUGAGGUUAAUGCACUAAUCAUGGAUUACGUUAUUUUGAACAUAUCAUUGUGAUGAUUUUCAAAUUAACUGUAUUGGUGUAAGAUUUGUCAUUAUGUGUUUAAAUGUUAUUCUGAAUUUUUGACCUUAGUUAUCAUUAAUGUAGUUUCUGAUUAAACGUGAUAAUCUAAUACCUGUGAAAACUGACUAAUCAGCUGCCAAUGAUAUGUAAUGUUUUUCAUCUUGCACGAAUUAAUAAUCAUCAUACUCUAGAAUCUUGUCUGUCAUUCACUACAUGAAUAAGCAAAUAUUCUGUCUUCAAAAGAAUGCACAAGAACCACAAUUAAGAUGUCAUAUUAUUUUGAAAGUACAAAAUAUACUAAGAGUGUGUAUAUUCAUGCACAGUUCUUCGCUUCCAUUUUUAUGAUCUUUCAACUAUAGAUAAUUCUUAGAGAAAUUAAUAUUAGAAUUUCUAUUAUGAAUCAUGUUAAAUAAAGCAUGACAUCCUUUCACAAUAGCACUAUUUUAAAUAAAUUAUAAGCUUUAAGGUACGAAAUAUUUAAUAGAUCUAAUCAAAUAUGUUGUUGAUUCAUGACUAUAAUAAAGCAGGAGCAAUUAUAAAAUCUUCAAUCAAUUGAACUGUUACAAAACCACUUGAAAAUUUCAUGAGCACUUUAGGUCUAAAAUCUGAACUUUCAAAGCUUGCUAUUAAAUCAUUUAGAAUGUUUACAUUUACUAAGGUGUGCUGGGUCAUGUCUUUGUCGACACUAAUAUUUUCAUAGAAAUUAGGCUGGAGAAAGAAGGAACAAAAGGUUUUCUUAAAUACGUACAAAAAAGUUACUGUGGUAUCUAUGAGUUAUCAUCUGAGCUGUGUUAAAAAUGAAUUUUUACUAUGGCAGAAAUGGCAUGGAUAGUAAAAUUUUAAGCACUAAAAAUGUUUUCAUAACCUUUCAUAAUAAAGUUUAAUAGGUUUAUUAACUGAAUUUCAUUAGUUUUUUAAAAGUGUUUUUGGUUUGUGUAUAUAUACAUAUACAGAUACAACAUUUACAAUAAAUAAAAUACCUGAAAUUCUC